AUAUGCAUAUCAAUUGAUAAGACCGGCAGUCCAAAGAAAUUUGCAUAUUGUCUCUGUAUUUCCUGUGACGGUUGUGCUAGAAACGCAUUAUUCAUGACGAAGUAACCAGUGUAAAAGGCGACUUGUCGGUUUGCGAUGAUAAUUACCGAGCCGCCGAUAGAUAUGCAAGCAUUUUCGAUGCAAUUUUCAAGCAAACUUCAAGAAACCGGGGCCGAGAUGUGCGCGCGCGCGUACAUACGAUAAACGCGGCCACUUUCACGUUAUUUUUUGUGCGAUUCAUGAGCCGCCGCUCCUAUUUGGCCACGUCAAAAUUAACGUUCGUCGCCGUAACGUUCGGAGAGCGUCUACAUAAUUCCAUUUCGGAUAGUCUGGGCGCGGUGGUCAGGAAAAAGAUGUGAAGAAUGCACAAAAGCGACUGGCUACGUCAGUGCAACGAAGUCAUCUGACAAGACAGAUAGCAGUACUAUUUUUACGACAGCUUUUAACCUGCGGCCGUGUCUAGCUCUCGAAAAUGUCAUUUGAAGGGAAAUACAACGCCAAAAGUCCCGCUGUGAAGAGACUAAUGCGAGAAGCUCAAGAGCUGCACGAGGCAACGGAGGAGUAUUGUGCUUCACCGUUGGAGGAUAAUUUGUUCGAAUGGCAUUUCACGGUGCAAGGACCACCGUCGACAGAUUUCGAGGGUGGUGUCUACCAUGGUAGAAUCCUACUGCCACCAGAAUACCCCAUGAAACCACCGAAUAUUAUAUUAUUAACACCUAACGGCCGCUUUGAAAUCAACAAAAAGAUAUGUCUCAGUAUCUCUGGACAUCAUCCGGAAACGUGGCAGCCCUCUUGGAGCAUCAGAACGGCUCUAUUGGCAUUGAUCGCUUUUAUGCCAACACCAGGGAACGGGACAAUCGGUUCUUUAGAUUACAGUAACGAGGAGAGACAGAAACUCGCGAAAAAGUCUUUGAAUUGGCAAUGCGAGACUUGCGGUAAGGUGGUCAAUCUGCUGUCCAAAACUAAAGCUAAAACGCCUAUUACGGAAGAAGAACGGACAAUGUUAGAUACAAUUGCCUUGAAGGCUGAUGAUUCGCCCUCGUCGGAUUCGAGUUUCAUGACCAACGCAGAGAGCACUCCGGAAAACGAGCUACGACAACGUAACGUCGAAUCGUCUUCUACAGAAAAUCAGGAUCGACAGCAAUCCGAUGUCAUAGUAAAUCAACAAGUAGAGACAAUGUCAUCUUCUAACGAUUUGUUUUGGAGCAUUCUGAUCGCUUCGCUAGUGUCUGCGAUAAUUCUCCUCGUUUUGCGGCGACUAUUUCUUGUUUAAAUUAUUCGAAAUGUAACAAACGUUAUACUUGUAAGUAUGUUAACGAGACGAAGUAAAUUUUAUAUACAUUUUA